AUGCAAUUGCAAGCAUUGGUAGCGGGUAUAAAGGGCCAAUUGAGAACAAGCAAGUGCGUGGUACUAGGGAGCCCUCUGGGGCUAUCCACGAUACCACCUGUGGCGCGAGGGCUGGCGAUCAGAGAGGCAAAAAAAAAGGCUGGACGAGUGAGGGAAAUAAAGGUCAGUUGGAUUACUCAAGAGAGCCAGAGAGGCACGCUUCCUCUCCCCGCACGCAACCUCCCCAUCUCUCAUGUCCCAGCGGCGGCGGCUCCCCCUCACGCCCUCAUCUUCUUCCUCACCCGAUCUGGAUGGUUCCUGACCUCCUCCACCACCACGCCUUCAUCUAAGGCAUCAGCCCGUGGUGGAAGCAGGCGGAAGCACCUCAACCUCGGAGGAUCGACGACCAGAGCGACGGCGGCCGGCGCGGCCCUGGAGGCUUGGGAGAUGUCGCCAUGUCGGCCCUCGCCGCCGACCAGCGACGAACGCAGCCGAUGCAGAUGCCGCCAAGUACAGGACAAAUCAGGGCGGUUGCAGCAAACCCCGACUCAUGGGAUUUCGCAGUAUUGGGCAGUCGAUGGCUACUGCUCUUCUCCUCAAGGAGCACAUAAUUGUGACAGAGGACUGAGCUGGAGACCAAGACGAAUCCCAGCAGCAACCUACCGUUACAGCAUGGUGGUACAAAUCUCUCUUUGGGAGGACAAGAAAAGAUACUAUACAACAGUUCUCGCGACAAAUGAGGUGUACGGUGGUCUCUUUGCUGGUCGACAACAAGGAAGUGAAGAGGCCGAUGCGGGACAGGGAGAACAAGAACUCCUGCGACUGAUAGAGAGGAUGCUAACGCCAUGAAGCGGCUUGAGCCAAUGUUGAUGAGGCUUCACGCUUAGAACUAAUGCAUCACAAGGCUAAAGGAUUGGCUCGGCCAUAUUGGAGUUCAGGUAUCCUACCUUGAAAUCCAUAACUCAAGAAGGUCAGCUUUCCUGCUUCUCUGAUUGUCCAUUUUUUUAUUUCCGUUUGUAAAUGAUGAUAAAGUGGGUCUUUUACUUGCAG